UGUCUUCUUCACUCUCUCGCACGUGCACUCACUCUCAUUUACACAGACAUACACACUCACAUAUCUCACACCACUCACUCAUACACACACACUCAUUGAAUCGUUCUGCCUCGUACACACGGACACGCACGCACACACACACACACACACACACACAUUUUCUCACAUAUCUCAUGAACAUCACUCUUAUAUCGUACAGAUACACACACACACACACACUACACUCACCCAUGCAUGUACACAAACUCAUGCACAUUCAAUAGCAUAUUGCACAGGUUUUAUACCUGCUGCAGUCUUUUAAUAUCUCUCAAACUUAACAAUUAAUAGGAAACUCACCAAAACGGUACAUAUUGGAAUAUAUCUCCUAGACAUGCGCAACCAAAUUGUAUUUCUGUUCAUCAUGCUGGUGGAUGCAUCAGUUUCCCCAGCGAGCAUGCAGCUCUACCAGUGGCCGAGGUUUGUGGGUGUGAAAUCGGGCCGCAUACCGGUAGUAACGCUCGGCUGUAAAAGCUACGUCAAGGACGACUUGAAGGAUGUGGAAUGGCUGAAGGCUCCGCUGAUUGAAGGCCAGGCAGACAAUGCCCACCUGUUAGAGGAGAACGACAGGGUGCACUUUGGCGAACGCAAGGGCUGGUUGACCCUGACCAAGUUGGAGCCCGCAGACAGUGGCAUCUACUUCUGCCGCGUCAAUGGCACCAAGGGCAUCAUGGGACCUGGCAGCGAGAUUCAAGUCCAUCGGCCCAGGAACUUGGAUAAGGCCAUUAGGAGAAGCAACAUGAAGGACGUGGUCAUCUUCCUGCAGGCCUUUCUGCUGGGCUUAUUCCUACUGAUCCCUCGCCUUUGCUUCAAGCAAGAGCUAGAGAAAAAGGAGAAUGUCUAUGAGGUGCCUGACGAGGACCACACAUAUGAGGGGCUGGACAUUGAGCAGUGUGGUCUCUAUGAGGACAUCCCAGCCUUCAGCCAGCAAGAUGCCGAUGAGCCCUGUGACAUGAGCCCUGAGUCUCCAGACCAAGAGUGAGGAUCCUGCAUUAUCCACCAAUCCAUCCUCACAUUAUCCACCCACUACCCCCAGUGCCUUAUCCACCAAUCCAUCCUUACAUUACCCCCCCAGUGCCUUAUCCACCAAUCCAUCCUUACAUUACCCCCCCAGUGCCUUAUCCACCAAUCCAUCCUUACAUUAACCCCCCCCAGUGCCUUAUCCACCAAUCCAUCCUUACAUUACCCCCCCCCCGUGCCUUAUCCACCAAUCCAUCCUUACAUUAACCCCCCCCAGUGCCUUAUCCACCAAUCCAUCCUUACAUUACCCCCCCCCGUGCCUUAUCCACCAAUCCAUCCUUACAUUAACCCCCCCCAGUGCCUUAUCCACCAAUCCAUCCUUACAUUAACCCCCCCCAGUGCCUUAUCCACCAAU